AUGGAAUCUCAUCACCCGUUAAAUCAUCAACUGGAUACCCUUCUAAACGACUCUGAGGGCGUGCAACUUUUCCAUAAAUUUCUGACUUCUUCUUUUUCAUCCGGUCAUUUGUUGGACUUUUGGUUUGCAUGCAAAGGAUUCCGUUCUAUUGUUGAUGGAGAUGACCAGCUGAAGCUUCUCCAGGUUGCAAAGGCUAUAUACCGGACUUACAUUAAAACCGGUGCGUCAUUGUCAGUUCCUGUGAACGACACCACGAAACGAGAGAUUCGUUCAACUUUAGCUGCUUUUUCUCAUUCUUACCACAAUCCAAUUGGUGGAGAUAAACGGUUUCCCGUCCUGCGCUCACUUUUUGACGCUGCACAGGCCGAUAUACAAAGUCUUCUCGCACGCAGCUACUUUUUGGAUUUCCUCCAGUCUGAUUCUUUCAGGAUGAUCCACCAGUCUUUAACGUCUCAGUCUGGCAGUGCUGAAGGCACUUCCGUCCCCACAACAGACGUUGCUGAACAGAAUCUUACGCCAGUCUUGACAGAUCAACCUUCUUGCGACGUUGGGAGCUGCAUUUCAGCCAACCGCCCAAAGGCCUCGACAUUUGGAACUAUCGCCUCUGAUAAAAGUAGGCGCACAACAACAGAGUCGGGUGGUGCGCGUGAAAUGGUCACGGCUUCUGAACUUAUCGCUUACAUGAACCCAGGUGUUUGUGGUGGUGGUGGCGGCGGCGGCGGCGGCGGCGGCGGCAGUGGUGACCUUGCUUCGUCGUCCACCCAGAACAAGCCUCCUCAAGCAGCAGCAGCUUCCGACGUCCCCACCCGAAAACCGGGUACCAAUCUUGCCGAGGUUGACCCCAGUGCCUUCGCGCAAACCCUCAGCCAUCGGUUGGAAAAAGUUAAGGAGUCUCGAGGAAAGAUGGAACGUCUUCUCUCCCGUAUGCAACCGAUUGAUCCCGAGGAUGCAAGCGGUGAGGACGCGGAGUUGGCUUCCAUCCACGCAGGUGUCAACCAGCCACCAUCUCCGCCCUUACCGGCUCGUUCCACUCGUCUCUCCUCCGCCUCCCGUCGCGCAACUUCGGCCGCCAGUGGUGACCUCUUGCGUAAAAAGCUCUCUGCUCUCCUUCUUCCUUCCGGCUCGGGUGUUGGUGUGCCUCCAGCAGACGAUGCUCAAGUCAUCCUAGAGGACCACUGUUCACGUAUAUGGACUGACGAACGGCGAGGGCAGCCACUAAAUGUGUGUCGAAAGGGCGGUCGUCGGUCUGACGUAUACUCCAUCUCUUCUUUCGACAGCGGCGUCGGAACCUAUGGGGGAGGUGGUGGAGGCCUUAACAGUUCCGAUUCCGAGUCUUGCGUCAGCCGCGGGGGCCCGUUUCACCACCAGUACCGGUGGAAUUAUGCACCGCCUCCGCUGCCCCCUGUGUGUUCCUUCUGUCGGCGAACACCCUCGAUGAGUUCUACGCCUGCGGCCCACCGUAAAGACAUCAUGAGUAGCGGCAGCAGUUGCCGGUGGGGUGUGCAAUAUCAGCGGGUGCAGUAUCACCACGGUCACAGUCACCACUACAAUUUGGAGGAGGUUGAUUGUUGCGGUGGUGGUGGUGGUGGUGGGGGCGGUAGGGCCAUGCGAAGUAGAAGCUUGACCUCGGACUCGCCCAGCGUCUUCGAUUCGGGCCUUUCAUCGACAUACGAUCACUUACCCACACCUCGACGCUCCAGACACGAUGACCACAAGCUGACCGUGCGCCCCGCAACCGUUCAGACCCCGGCGCUCACACAUACACGCACGCAUCGGCUGCAUGACUUACCAACCUGCCUUCGUUGCCCACACAUACGGUAUUGCGAUGAGGCCGGCGACGACGAUGACGACGCGGCUUACUUCAAAGCCUACACUUCAAAGCAAAUUACGCCGCCGCCGCCUUCUCUAGGUUUGAUUGAUGAGCUGAACGUGGUCCACAUUCGACGAUUCAACGGGCCCGUGUCAAGCCGGCCAGCCCUUGGCGGCGGCGGCGGCGGCGGCGUCGGAGGUCCGCUGCGUGGACGACGUGUGCAGGAGAGGCAGAAGUUGCCUCAUCAGAGCAUCCAGCCAGCUACGAAUGCCGUGUCCGGCUGUGCAGAGAGCACGCUCCUCAAGACCACCCCUACGUACUCCCCGUUUCCACCACAACAGCCAGGCCCUCUCCCAACCUGUAGUCUUGUGGUUGGCUACUACCUCUGCGACGACCCCGUGCCCUACCGCACCGUCUGGACCGGCCCCCUGGCGUCUGAGGCUGGCGGAGCGGCCUCAAGUCGUCCCCCUUCAAUCACCCUUGGGCAGUUUAAACAGCUGGUUGCCAAAAAAGGUGUCUAUCGACUUACGUGUUACACGUGGAAUGGCGGAGGAGACGCGUUUCUCACGGACUCGCCUCCCUUGGUGCAAUUACUCGUACAGUUCUUAGAGCGCCAUCUGCACGUCUCUAAGGCGCUUGCCCCUACUCCUUCUAAUUUAAUUCAUUUGACUCAACAUGACGCGGUCCUUGUUCUGCUUCGGUAG